AUGCACAAACCUUCCAGUCAGGAAAUUCGUGCCCUGAACACUGAGCCAUCUCGCCUAGCUGCCACGCCACCCAGAAGAACCACGAGACCCGAGAUAAUACCGGAUUUCUCAAGCCUGAACGGGCGCUACUCGAGGAGUCGGGGGGAAGCUACUCACAAAUUUGCCGAUAACUCUUCGAUAGCCCACGACCGGUUUUGCCCUUCAUGGAUUUCAUCAGGUUCUGUGAACCAAAGGUUUGACUUGAAUCCAAAUUGCACGGAAUUUGACUCGUAUCCUCAUCUGCAUACCGAUUUGGUUUUGAAGGGAAACUCACCGGCCUGUUUCCUCGAUGCGAACUACCCUUUUUCGCCAAGAGUAAAUAUAUGUAGUGCAUUAGCAGACUAG